AGAAGUGAUUUGCAUACGACGCAUAUUCAAAAUAACGCGCCACACUGCAAGUUGUCAUGGAUGGAAUUGGCUCUUUUCUUGUUUAAGCAGCGCCAUAGCAAGUAAAUAAGCAAUCAUGUCUGUACUUAAGCCAUUUAAUAAACUGCCUGAACUGAACACAGCGAACAUUUUGCUGGUGGAAAAUGAGGAGCAGUUUCAGCAGAAGCUAGCUGACGCAAUUGUGCAACAAGAAAAAACUGUCAACGUCAUUGUGAGAUUAGCUAAAAAUCUUCCCCUGCCCAUGGAGAAUGAAGAAAGUCGUCCUCGGAUAGACCUAGUGGUCUUUAUCGUAAACCUCACCUCAGAUCUCAGUUACAAGUCAACAGAGACUUCCAUGAAAUACUUGGAUCCAAGUUACUUCCUCGGAAAAGUCUGCUUCCUUGUCACCAAUGCUCGUAACGCAUCAGUGCCCCCCGAGCGCCUGGUCUCUGUCAGGAAGCUAGCUGCAUCCUUCCAGUGUCCCUUCAUGUGUGCCGAAGACCAGACGACGGAUGGAGUGACCACCGCGGCAGACAGGCUGCUCUCGAUCCUCAGGGUGGCGGCGGGCCUCGUUCCCAUGGCAACGAGUCUCUACCUGUCCACUUUGACCCGCUGCACUGUGCCCGCUGACAUGGACCAGCAGGGCUUUGACUGAACCAGCCAUCCGACUGAGCCGCCGUCGAAUCGGACCAAGACCAGAAAACCAACUCCUCGUGUUGACAACUAUCCCUGAACAGCAAAGGGAUCUUAUCCCAUGUGUAAAUAAAAUGUAUUUGUAAAUAAACUUGAGAUUUUUCCUGAGA